UUUCUCGCUUAGUGACACUGCGGCUGUUUGUCCGGACAUGUAGAGCUCACAGCGGCUUGGCCUUUGUUAGCGAGUCGGUGAGAAGAACCAAGGAAGCCAGAGCAGCCGCAUUCAUGCACAUACAGGGAGGAAAAUGAUCAUCUGCACGAAAAAAAUGGAUUAUCGCUUUGGAACCCAGUGCCAGUUCAUUCAAAAUCAGGUGAUGGUGAACUCCGAGAAAGAGCGUGCUUCUCUCUUGUGUAUGAAGGCUCUGGCCAACAGGGGGCGUCUGGACACAGUGUCUCAGCAGAUGGCCUCUCACCCACAGUAUCUGGAAAGUUUCCUUCGCACACAGCACUACAUCCUCUAUAUGGAUGGCCCAUUGCCCCAGCCCUACCGCCACUACAUUGCCAUCAUGGCUGCAGCGCGGCAUCACUGUAGGUACCUGGUGUCUCUGCACUCGGCUCAGUUUCUGCGUGUUGGUGGAGACCCGUUAUGGCUUCAGGGGUUGGAGGCCGCACCCCCGCGUCUACAGCACCUUGAUCACAUCAACAAGGUCCUGGCCCAUCAGCCUUGGCUCACGGCUCGCUCUCACAUACAGGCCCUGCUCAAGACAGGAGAGCAGUGCUGGUCUCUGGCAGAGCUGGUUCAGGCCGUGGUUCUGCUGGCCCACUGUCACUCCCUCUGCAGUUUCGUUUUCGGUUCUGGUUCUGACUCGGACUCGGACUCCACUCCCACUCCCAGAGUGCAUCACGGCACUCCUCCUGGCUACUGUCUCUGUGACGCUGCCAAUGGCAACACCGCUUUUUCGCCACCCCCUGCUGGACCCACAGAGAAGGCACCACGACGAAGGUCCUUAGACUCCAGCUGUGAAGUUGCUUGCCUUCUAGAACAAAUAAAAAAAUCACAGGAGGAGAUCAAGGAAAGAAAAGGAGACCGACUCCAUUCACAGACACUCCUACAUGCAGAUGUGGAGAAGGAGGACGAGGCAGUGUUCUCCGCAGACCCCUCCCGCUUCCUCUCAGACCCAGAAUUCGGCUACCAGGAAUUUGCCAGACGGGAGGAGGACCAUUUCCAAGUAUUCCGGGUGCAGGACUAUUCAUGGGAGGAUCACGGCUUCUCAUUGGUGAACAGGCUCUACUCUGAUAUAGGGCACUUGUUAGACGAGCGAUUCCGCAGUGUGGCCUCCCUCCCUUUCCCUCACAGCCCCGAUCUCAAACGAGCCAUCUGGAACUACAUUCAUUGUAUCUAUGGCAUCAGAUAUGAUGACUACGAUUAUGGGGAAGUCAACCGACUACUUGAGCGUGGACUGAAACUUUAUAUUAAAGCUGUGGCCUGCUAUCCUGACUCCAGAAAGACCCCUCUAUGCCCACUGUCCUGGGCUCCUGUCAAAGCUUCAGACAAGGUUCAUGUAAAUUUGUUAGUGAUGGAGGCACGUCUGCAGGCCGAGCUGCUGUAUGCGCUCAGAGCCAUCACUCAAUACAUGAUCGCAUAAGAGCCUUCAGCGCCACAGAGGGACACGGUACAACGAAAUACAAGCAGAGCUCUGUCUCUCCGUCUCUGUAUUUAUUGCCUUUGAGUUUACCGGUGUGACGUAAGGUACUGCUGUGAAACAUUUCUUUGCCAAAGGUGAAACUUUAGAAGAAAAAGGUGCAAAGCAGUCUCUCUCACUGUCCUUUGCAUGUUUCUCCUACUUCGUUUCGUUUCUUUUGUGUGCGUACUCUUCUUUUUCUACCUUUGAUGGUUAAUGUGCAAUUAUUUUUAUUCUGUUGUUGUUGUUGUUGUUAUUAAUGUUGUCCCAUUUGCUUUUUGCUGUUACUAUUCAAUUGACUGACAAAGUGAGAGAGAAAUUGUCCAACUGGUCAUGGCCAAUAUGAGUAACUGUUUACAGAAAAUGAGUGAGUGGACAAAGGCGCUUUGCUGAACAUGGCUUCCAGAUAUUUCGUUUGAAUGUAGAAUUGUGAAACCAGAGCAAAAUUCAACAAAGAGUACGAGAAGUUUCAACGGCUGCAACUUUCUUUUUAAAUGAGCACUUUUAAUGUGGUGUCUAUUUAUAGAAUAUCUCAAUAAGCUUUCAGCUGUGGCUUCUAUCAGCACCAAGAAGGUCAUCUAAGUACUGUUUUCACUCAUUUAGAUUGAUUAGCAUUGAUGUUGUCUUCCAAAAUCUCCCACUCGCUCUUCUCUCUGCAUGGGUGUUGUAAGUGAUUAAAAUGGCUACAUUUAUAGGGUCCAUAAUUAUCAUCCGAUUCAUCUCAGCAGGCAUCUAAACCGCUUUAUAAUGUGAAGAUCUAAAUUUGACGGGUUCAAAGCAGUGAAAUGGAAUUGCUUUUUCUAAACGACUUUUCUUUGUGGUCGUGUUUCUCAGUUUACUUAGGGUGGACAAUCGGUUUUACCCGCUCUAUAAAAAUGGCCAAAUUAACACGGUAUGUAUUUAACUCUAUUACAUCAUAUGCUAAUUUGGAAAACUGUUCAAAUACUAUUUAAAAGUAGGUCUUUAAUUUUGAUAGGCGGCAGGUAAUUUGCCCACUGAAGUGAUUCUGAAAGGACCAGCAUUUAGCGUUUAGGUUAGUGUUGUGCUGGAGUCUCCAGUGAAAACAUCUGGAUCAGCAACAAUUAGGACUUGUUUUAAAAUAUUUUACCAUGUAAAAAUAAAAAGUCACCUUGUAAUGUGAAAAAGUAACUCAGAAUAAGCUUAAAAUGUGAUUUUAAUGUUGACACGCUGGUGUAGAUCAUAUGAAGGAGUUAUAAGACGCAUAAAGGUUCGCGGUCAGCCUUUUUUUUUUUUUUUGCACUGAACCUUUUGCACAAAACCCUACAAGUGUGGUUGCAGCUGGCAGCUGUUAAUGUUACAAAAACGCUUGGAGAAAUGAUGGCCCCUCUGAUGCCAUGAAUAUAUUCAGUGUCCAGUUUUGUUGACAAGGCCAAAUACCUGUACUGUGUUAAACUCUUAUCGGUCUGGUUACCUAAUUACAGUUGGCAGAAUGACUUGGGCAACACCUAUAGUUGGUUUUGUAUGUUUAUUUUUGAACAUUAUUGCAUUACUUCUGUUCCUGUUUUAGCAUCUUGUCAAUUUGAGGGAGGGGGAUGUUGUUGGUGUCAGUUUUGCUCAUGUCUGAACUGUUUAGAUUAAGAAACCAAGGUAUGUAAAUCAGCAGAAAUGUGUACAGGAGCCGCAGUGGUGCCUUUUGACUACUGAUGAGUCAUUGCUCAUCAGUAUGGCUAAACUGGACUAAAGUCUCCGAGCUAAGCCUCGUGCUACUGCAUUAAUUCAAGCUGAGAAUGGAAGAUGUUCAUCAUCCGGUUAUGCACAUCGGGAGGCAUUCAUCAGGAGCAGAAUAGAACUGUAGCACGGCUAUUCUUCCUUAAGCGGGACUGUCUUAAAUGCUUGUUCUUGAACGGUGGUCUGCCACAUCCCUGAAACGUGGACACUUCCAUCUCAGACUGUGCCUCAGCGCUGGAGACUGAACGAGCAUGGCUAUUGCCGAAAUGUUUAUUUACCACGUAAAUGUAGGAACUAUAAAAAUUUAAACUAAACAAAAGAAAAAAACGAAAAAACUUGAAAAAUGAGCAAAAAAAAAGUUUUGAAAUGUGAAAGCGUAUUUUUUCUAUAAAGACAUGCAAUACCA